AUGUCGCGGCGCGACGACGUAUUCUAAAUUCAAAUUUGAAUAUUUUUUUAAUUAUAACGAGGCAGGUGUAACAUUAAAUUCGUUGUUAUAAAAUGGUGGGAAAAGUGAGUUUGAUUUUUUUAAUCGUCGCCUUAAUGGCGUCGGUUAUGGAUGGACAGACCUUGGGAGGUCCCAUGCACGGGAAGGUAGUCGUCUGUUACGUCGCGACGUGGGCAGUCUACCGACCAGGUGAAGGGAAGUACGGGUUAGCCGAUCUGGAACCAUCUCUUUGCACGCAUCUCAUUUAUUCCUUUGCUGGGUUAGACGAAUCCACCAUGAGCAUCAAGAGUCUCGAUCCCUGGCAAGAUCUAGAAAAGGACUACGGAAAGGCAGGUUACAAAAACCUCGUAAGUCUUAAAGCAAGAUAUCCGCAUCUCAAAGUGACAGUUGCUAUCGGAGGCUGGAACGAGGGCUCGUCUAAAUAUUCCGUCAUGGCGUCCAAACCAGAGACAAGGGCGAAGUUUGUGCAGAGUGUCAUGUUCUUUUUAAAUACGUAUAAGUUCGAUGGCUUGGAUUUGGAUUGGGAAUACCCGACAAAGAGAGGAGGAAACCCAGAAGAUAAAGCCAACUACGUAGCUAUGGUCAAGGAACUAAAAGACGCAUUCGAGCCUUAUGGCUACAUCCUGACGGCUGCGCUGGGCGCUGGUAAAGAUACAAUGGAAAGUGCUUACGAUCUUGCCAAAUUGAGUCGCUAUCUAGAUUUCAUACAUAUGAUGUGUUACGAUUACCACGGAACCUGGGACAACUUGGUUGGAGCAAACGCUCCUCUAGAUGGAAUUGGAGAAAAUGAUGUCCUAAGUGUGAAAUACACCAUUGAAUAUAUGCUUUCCCACGGCGUGAGUCCUUACAAGAUGGUUCUCGGGUUACCAAUGUACGGUCGUACUUUUAUUUUGAGCGACCCGAAUGUCAAAAACAUUGAAUUCGGCGUAACGCCAACCAAAUCCGUCACAUUCGCUGGACCUUGGACCAGGGAAGCUGGAUUUAUUGGAUAUAAUGAGGUCUGUGCAGAACUUACUAAUAAGUCGUCUAAAUGGACACAACAUUGGGAAGAAAAAACAGCAACGCCCUAUCUCCGAGACGGCGAAAGAGUUAUCGUUUAUGAUAAUCCAAGAUCUAUUGCUGUUAAAAUAAAAAUGGCCAUUGACUAUGGUCUCGGAGGACUCAUGGUGUGGAGUAUAGAUACUGAUGACUUUAAAGGUGCCUGCGAACCAGAACCUGGUGCAUAUCAAGAUUUUGUUGAUCGAUACAACGAUAUGGUGGACGAUCCUCUUUUGCAAGAGGCGUUAAAGAAUCUUAAUUUACCAGAUGGAAACCGCAUAGAAAACUUAAGUAGACGUACUUCAUACGUUAUUUCAAACAACAAACUACAUCUCCGAUUACCAGAACCUGAAUUCUCCAACUACCCCUUAAUGAGAACAAUAAAUGAUGCAACUACAAUCGCGCUAGAAGAGAAGCGAAUACUGGAUGAAAUGAAGGCAAUAACGAGAAAGAAUGAGAUAGGAGAUACCGAUGACGAUAAAGGUUCAGCGAAGGCAAUAGCUGGUAGUGUUAUAUGUGUUCUGAUAUGCGUUGUGUUUGCUUUCAAGCUGUACUGACUUGAUGUUCUGUGAUUCGUUUAUUUAGAAAUUUUAGUAAGACUUUCAAAACAUACCGUUUUUAUAUGAUACGAUACAACGGCCAAUAUUUGUCAUUUACUAACCAGCGCUUAUACAUUUAUUUAAGCAUUUCUGUACCUUACAAAUAUUAAAUGGUCCUAAGCGAGGGUCAAUGAAUGCACGUUUAGAGUGUUCCAAUCAAAAAUGUCAAGACAAAUAAGUAACUUUGUCAAUGAUUUGACGCGAGAUGAUCGGUCUAGAAUGGAUUCAUAAUGGAUUACGGAAAAAAGGCGUUUAUCGGCGAAGUUGUCGGGACUUUGGAAGUAAAAUUAGUAUAAGUGGUUAAGUGGAUUUGUGUUGUAUUGUAAAUAAGAUCUUAAUCAAGAAUUUUUGUAGUGCACAAUAGUGCAGAUAUAUUAUCAAGUCGCAUGAUAUAUCUAAACCCUAGAUUUAUUAUAUAUCUUUGAUUGAUGUUAAGUGUACCUUUACAAAUAUGCCUUCAUGAUUUAAAAUAGCAAAUUCUUAGUUUUGCUGAUGAAAGAAAUAUUUAUUAUCCAAUUUAAUUCAAUAAAUUAAGACUGACACUGUGAUGCUGUGUCCCCUUCUUUCAAAUGUGAAAACGAUCAUGACAGAAAGAGCGAAAUGAUUCAACAAAAUACCCACAAAAGGAAGUUUAUAAGUAAGGGAUACUUUACUUACAAAAUUUUUUUAAAUUUUAAAAUAAAUAAAUAUCAUAGGUUACAUUUCAUUUCUAUAGAUCUGUGUAUAAAGGGUGUAUAAACUAAGUUUAAAGACUUCAUAAUUCAAUCCGUUAUUUCUCUGAGGUUGUUAUUGAAAAUUUUAAACUGUUUAAAAAGUACUUUUGAAUUUUCGUUUCUCAGAAUCGUAGUUUAAAGCUACCAGUAAUGUUCGUAAGCCUAAAACAAUUUUACAAUAGAAAUGUUGUUUGUUUGCUGUAGGGUUAACUAAAUGUCAACAAUAUAAUUUUAAGACUACGCUGCACUUUAACUAGGUCAGGUAUCUAAACUUUUUUUUUUUAUAUAGCGUCACUUAUGACGUGAGAAAGGCAUUAUCCCAGCUAUGUUAAGUAAGUGUUCAGGAAGCUUAAACUAAAUAGCUUACUUAAUUAGAGUACAUUAAAUCAACUACCAAAUUUUAAUAAUCAUGAUAAUCUCUCGUUUGAAUAAAAGAGAUAGCAAUCUCCCAAAGCAUGUUGUUAAAAAGAGAUGCAUAUUCAUUGAUGUAGUUCCGAAUGAUUGAUAAUAACGUCACUGAAUUGACGUUUCUAGAAAGAGGUGGAACGUCGCUCUGUUUAAAAUUAAUCUUUGUAAAUAGAUAUUUUUUUUAGGAAUCUCGGUGAUACGGCUUUGUUUAAUAUUUGAAAUAAUUCAUACAUUUAAAUGUAUUUAAUAGUUAAGGUAUUAUUGUAACUGUUAAUAUAGAAUAAGAGAAUAUUAUCAGUGAACAUCUACACUGAUAAAUGUUUUUUUUUUUUUAAUUCCAAAUUUGAAAAAUGACUGGUCUCAUAUAAAUAUGACUUAUACCAGCGCGUCUCGGAGAAGUUUUUAGUAUGUAUGUAAUAUUAUUUUAUAAUUAGCUGUGGUUCGCAGUGUCGCCCUUUAAGACUAUUGACAUGACAAGCAUGAACGACGUGUUCUUCUGAAUGAUACUUGGUGAUGUCAUUAAAUAAAACUCAAACUAAAUUACAAAGGAAAUACUCAUUUUAUAAAAAAAAAAAAUAAUGACUGAUGAAUUGAUCGAAUUGUAAUGAU